UCGUAUAAAAAUAAGCAAUGUAAUACAGUGAGUGCUUACUCAGUUGUUGGGUAUGUGAGCUUUAUAGUUUGAAAUGUAUAAAAUAUUUCAGAGACAAAUUGUUGGUUGAAUAAAUGUACAGUGCAUCAGACACUUUGACAGAGGACAACAGCACAAUAUUUUUGUAAUAUGUCUUUGGUAUGUUAUGAAAUGUGCUCCUAAAAGUGAGUGUGCAUGUGUUUUUUUUUUUUGUAUAUGUAUGAACUAAAUCCUGGGUGGUAAAAGUUGAUCACAAUGAAAGUGGAAGUGUGGAGAUACAGCUGGUGAUUAGACUGAAAGAAUUGUGUCCUUGGAGUCAUUUUCUGCUCUCAGAUGCUUGAAAACAAAUGUAUGCUUUGAAAUAAGAUAAACAUUACCUCGCACAUGUGCAUGCCAUAUAAUGUUUAAUCUUCCUAAUAAUGAUUAUUCUCUUAUGGUUAUUUUCUGUUUCACUUUUAGUAUUAUUGUGACCAGUUACUUUUCUGGUGACAAGGUGAGUGGUUGAAGAUUUUUAGAAAAACAAAGUGGUCUGGUCGUGACUGGAGAGUUUUUAGUGUAAUUUCCCUUCAGAUAGUAAAAAAAAAAAUAGUAACAAUUAAUAGAGUACAUCGGCGUUAUAGUACAUGAUCACUUAAAUUAACGAGCCUUAAAGGAAUCGUACACUCCAAACCAAUGUUUAAAAUAUUGUUAUGUAGCCUCAAGGUGCUCUUCAGUCAUUCUACAAUAUCUGCUGAAUGGAUAGUAUUAAGGGAAAUUUGCAUGAUCUACCUCAAAUUAAUGGAAAAGAUCUGUUCAACCAAUGUUUUGAAUUUGAGUGACAAUAUGAUAUCACUACAUUUAAUUAACCUCAUGGAUGUAAAGGCCCCUGAAGAGGACUAGCAAAGUUCUGGUAUCUGUAAUUUUUGCUUUUAAAUCUAUCUGUGGAUGCCGUAGAUCAAAAUGACUACCAUUCAGCAAUAGCCCUAGUUCUCACGGAGUCUGGAGUAUUGCCACGUUCAUGUGCUAGUCGGACUUGUAGCUAUACUGUUGCUGCGUUCAGCCAAUUUAGCAAGCCAGAAAUUUCAGAGUUUCCUAGUCGGGGAACUCCAAAUUUCAAAGUUCCCCGACUGGCAUGUAAACAUAUCUCUUUGACCUUUGUGACUCAGGCUGUGAAAUCUGGCACCACUUUAAUUUGGGAUGUCCCGCCCACCAUUUCAUUCGCUCUUCCGACUGUCCAUUAUCUUCUGGCUGAAUGCUCCAUCGCAGCCAUUGACAAAGCACAUGCCUGAAAUCCUUAGAUCCUAGCACAGCAGAAGAGCGUGAUUUCGAUACACUAGCACAGGGAUGGGCAACUGGUGGCCCGUGGUUCCGUUUCCAAUAGAUUUUUAAUGUUACAUUUGGGAACUCAGUCCGGGUCUCAAUUUACUGUUGAGAGUUAGAAUAGUAGAAUACACAGACAGGGUGCAGUUUCUCUUGUCAGUCACUGACAGUCACUCAAUUAGCCCAUGUCAACAUUCUUAUUUUAUUUUUUAGAUUGAUAAAUUAGUCUAGUGGCCAUCUAUCAAAAUUUCCAGUAAUCAUGGUCGAAUUACUGACUGGGGGGCCCCAUUGAUUUUGUUAGUCAGAUAUACUCAGAUAUAAGUUUAAAAACUGCAAAUAUUUCUCUUUGUCCCAAUGCAAAAUUAAUAUAAUUUUCAAAUUGAAUAUAAUAUUACAAAAUCUUCUCUAUGCCCCAUGGGAAAAUGUGUAGAAUUAACCAAAAGAUUCCUGUCGGGGGUCAUCUUAAAAAGUUUUCUCCGUAAGGUGGGGGUGGUUACCCCCAACAAAAUUUUGCUUAUGGCCCCCAAAAGGAUCGGGCCAGCUGUGACGGCAUGUGUGGGUAUGCAUACCCACGAGCCACUGCGGCCCCUCAUGAUGACUUAGAUUUCUUUUGUGGCCCCCGCCCCCAUCAAAGGUGCCGAUCCCUUUGUAUUGUAAACUCUACAUCCUUUCUGUAAAUGUCAUUGUGCACUCAAAUAAUUGACUCCUGACAGUAUGUAAAUAGUUAUAUUCUAUGUUAGUGUCGUCGGGUCGGCUAGUAUUUGUAUCGUGAUCCUGCCUUGUGCGUUGUAUAUUGUGAAAUAAUAAAGAGUGCCGAUCCCUGCUCUAGCAGAUUCAGGGAUUGAUUUCAAAUCAAAUGUAACUUUUUAUUUGUCAUGUGCCGAAUACAACAAGUGUAGACUUUACCAUGAAAUGCUUACUUACAAGCCCUUAACCACCAGUGCAGUUCAAGAAGAGUUCAAAUAUUUACCAAGUAGACUAAAAUAAGAAGUAAUAAUAAAAAUUAACACUAAGAAUAACAAUAACGAGGCUAUAUACAAGGGGCACCGGUAACGAGUCAGUUUGCGGGGGUUCAUGUUGAGGUAAUUUGUACUUUAGGUGAGGGUCAUAUUAAAAAUAUAUAUUUUUAUCAUAAUGUACUGUGUACUUCAGCUUGUGUCCUCAAAAGUAACCACCUCAGCAAUGUAUAACUAUUUUUACCAGAAAGGUGAGAUUUUUGUCUUUCUUGGAGCAUGCAGCAUUACUAGUUACAGUUUAUGGCCCUCAUGAUAAAUAAUAACUUUCGGGAUUACAUCUAAGUUAUAUCUAGAAAAGGCUCAUGUCACAUGUAAUUUACAAUAACGCUGGUUUCAACAGAUCUCGUCAUAAGUAAAUGACACGUUUCCUGUGUGGGGUGAGGUGGGGACGCGAUUUGUGAUAUCUGUUCGUCGACAAAGCAAGACAUGUUCACAAUGGCAGACCCAAAUAUCUCAUACCUUUUGAUUGUGGAGGACUUUGGUGAAUACUUCAACUACACUGACUUCAACACAACUUAUGAGCUUGAUGAAAACACCCUAACCUGCAAUACUUCCCCCAUUUCCUCCGGUGUGACAGUUGUCUUAUGUGCCUUAUACGUCCUCAUCUUGCUCUUGGCCAUUCCUGGCAACAUGGUGGUGGGGCUGGUGAUAGCCUCCAGCAAGCAGCCGCUAUCUCCCUCUGACUUAUACCUCCUCCACCUGGCUGUGGCCGACUUCCUGUUGGCUCUCACCCUCCCUUUCUGGGCCGUUUCUGUCACCGUGGGCUGGGUCUUUGGUGACGCCAUGUGCAAACUAGUCAGUGUCUUUCAGGAGGUCAGCUUCAAUGCCAGCAUCCUGUUUUUGACCUGCAUCAGCGUAGACCGUUACCUGGUGAUCGUGCGAGCCAUUGAGGCAUCCAAGGCUGCUCGUCGCCAAGAGGUCAGCUGGGGCACCUGUGCCACUGUCUGGCUCGUGGGUGGCCUGCUGUCCCUGCCCGGUCUCUUGAACCAUGUCGUCUUCUUACCCAGCACAGAGAGGAUGACAUGCGCCGAGAGUUACGACCCAGGCAGCGCUGAGGCUUGGCGGCUGGUCAUACGGGUUCUCGGGCACAUGUUAGGGUUUCUACUCCCUUUGACUGUUAUGGUGGUGUGCUAUGGUGUGAUUGUGGCUCGACUCCUGCGGACCCGGGGCGGUUUCCAGAGGAACAGGGCCAUGAGGGUGAUUGUUGCGCUGGUUUUGGCCUUUCUGCUUUGCUGGAUGCCCUACCACCUGGCUGUGAUGGCGGACACCCUAUUCCGGGCAAAAGUGGUGGGUUAUGGGUGCCGAGAGAGGAACGCUGUGGACACAGCCAUGCUCGCCACCCAGAGUCUGGGCCUGCUGCACAGCUGCGUCAACCCGGUUCUCUAUGCCUUUGUCGGGGAGAAGUUUAGGAGGAGGCUGUUCCAGAAAGUGGGUGUGAUGGAGCAGCGAGCGUCGUUGACCAGGGCCAGCAGAUACUUCUCUCAGACCUCAGAGGCUACCUCCACAUUCAUGUGAUCUUAAAAUGUGUGUUUUUACCCCUGAUUAUAAGAAGAAUCAAUGAGUCAUGAUGACUCCGGUGCUAUGCUGUGGGUGUGCAGGAGUACGCCCACAUAAAUGUCAACAAACUAGACUUUUAAAACAGCCUACUUACUUGUCUUUACAUGUAUUAUUGUAUUAACUCGAUGCAUCAAUUUGUUUUUGUUUUGCGAAAAGGAAGUGUAACGCCCCUGGCGGGUUUUGAACGCAUGUCUCCCAGCACUGCUCCAAUAAAUCUCUUCCAUUUUUGUGGGGUAUAGUAACAGGCCUACGCAAGCAAGGUCCAUGACAUUCAUUUUUAUAUAAUUUUUUUUAAUUUGACCCUUUUCUCCCCAAUUUUCGUGGUAUCCAAUUGUUAGUAAUUACUAUCUUGUUUCAUCGCUACAACUCCCAUACAGGCUCGGGAGAGAUGAAGGUCGAAAGCCAUGCGUCCUCCAAAACACAAGCCGCACUUCUUAACACAGCGCGCAUCCAACCAAGAAGCCAGCCACACCAAUGUGUAGGAGGAAACACCGUGCACCUGGCGACCUUGGUUAGCGUGCACUGCGCCCGGGCCCACCACAGGAGUCGCUGGUGCGCGAUGAGACAAGGAUAUCCGUGCUUUUACACCUGCAUUGUUUGCUGUUUGGAGUUUUAGGCUGGGUUUCUGUACAGCACUUUGAGAUAUCAGCUGAUGUACGAAGGGCUAUAUAAAUAAAUUUGAUUUGAUUUGAUAUCCCUACCGGCCCUAACCCGGACGACGCUAGGUCAAUUGUGCGUCGCCCCACGAACCUCCAGGUCACGGCCGGCUGCGACAGAGCCUGGGCGCGAACCCAGAGUCUCUGGUGGGACAGCUAGCCUGCGAUGCAGUGCCCGAGACCACUGCGCCACCCGGGAGGUCUGACAUUAUUUUCUAUUCAUAAACAUUGUUUAGGGAAAAUUCUGAAAAGAUAAAGUAUGUCAAAAAAAUAUUGACAUAACAAACUUGGCGACGCCAUACAUAUGCAUGUUUUCCGUUAUAAAUCAGACCUUUCAUAAAACUGCGUGCGCAAAUUCACCUUUUUAUGUUGACAAUAGCACUUUUUUUGCUAAAAGAAAUAGCAAUGGCAAAUUUAGAUUACACCCCUGUAGAGGUGUGAGCAGAAUGUUUGAAUAAUUUAGUGACUUUAAAAAAAACUAAAUAUGCAUGCUAUCAAAUAUAGCAGGUGCCAAACACUUGAUUGAUUGUACACUAGAAACAUCUUAAAAGUGAAAUUCUACAGCCCACACUUCUACAGUAUGCAAAAUGCAAAAUGUUGUUAAUCAAUAAAUUAUGUUUAUCUCUUGCCUUGGUUUAGUCUCUGAUAUUAAAUAGGCUAUUUAGAAGAAAAAGAAACGCACACCUAUUAAGACGAUGUGCUGGCUAGCGAAGUAGAAAACUUGAAAAUACGCACACUAGGAGCUCAGAUGCAAAAAUCUAAUUACCAACGUUUCGACAGCCAAGCUGUCUUCAUCAGGGUAUAAUCAAACACUGCAGAAUGACUCGUUUAUAUAGUGUCAAAAGACACAGGUGUCUGUAAUCAUGGCCAAGAGGGGCCUAAUAUCAUUGGUUAAUAAUCAAAUAUUAAAAUGUCAUACAAAGAACAAAUGGAUAAUGAUAUCAUGGCUUUAGAAGAUUCUCAUGGGCUAAUUGACAUCAUUUGAGUCAAUUGGAGCUGUACCUGUGGAUGUAUUUCAAGGCCUACCCUCAAACGCAGUGUCUCGUUGCUUGACAUCAUGGGAAAAUCAAAAGAAAUCAGCCAAGACCUCAGAAAAAUGUAGACCUCCAAGUCUGGUUCAUCCUUGGGAGCAAUUUCCAAAUGUCUGAAGGUACCAUGUGCAUCUAUACAAACAAUAGUACCCAAGUAUGAACACCAUGGGACCACGCAGCCAUCAUACCGCUCAGGAAGGAGAUCAAAUACAAUUUUAUUUAUAUAGCCCUUCGUACAUCAGCUGAUAUCUCAAAGUGCUGUACAGAAACUCAGCCUAAAACCCCAAACAGCAAGCAAUGCAGGUGUAGAUGCGUUCUGUCUCCUAGAGAUGAACGUACUUUGGUGCGAAAAGUGCAAAUCAAUCCCAGAACAACAGUAAAGGGCCUUGUGAAGAUGCUGGAGGAACAGGUACAAAAGUAUCUAUGUCCACAGUAAAACGAGUCCUAUAUCGACAAUCUGUAAGGCCGUUCAGGAAGGAAGAAGCCACUGCUCCAAAAACCGCCAUAAAAAAAGCAAUCUACAGUUUGCAACUGCACAUGGGACAAGGAUUGUACUUUUUGGAGAAAUGUCCUCUGGUCUGAUGAAACAAAAAUGGAACUGUUUGGACAUAAUGACCAUCGUUAUGUUUGGUCGAAAAAGGGGGAGGCUUGCAAGCCGAAGAACACCAUCCAAACCUGUGAAGCAUGGGGGUGGCAGCAUCAUGUCGUGGGGGAUGCUUUGCUGCAGGAGGGACUGGCACACUUCACAAAAUAGAUAGCUUCAUGAGGAAUGCAAAUUAUUUGGAUAUAUUGAAGCAACAUCUCAAGACAUCAGUCAGGAAGUUUAAGCUUGCUCGCAAAUGGGUCUUCCAAAUGGACAAUGACCCCAAGCAUACUUCCAAAGUUGGACAACAAAGUCAUUGUAUUGGAGUGGCCAUCACAAAGCCCUGACCUCAAUCCUAUGGAACAUUUGUGGGCGGAACUGAAAAAUUGUGUGCGAUCAAAGAAGCCUACAAACCUGACUCAGUUACACCAGCUGUCAGAUGGAAUGGGGCAGAAUUAACCAAAUUUAUUGUUUGAAGGCUACCCAAAACGUUUGACCUAAAGUUAAACAAUUUAAAGGCAAUUAUACCAAAUACUAAUUGAGUGUAUGUAAACUUCUGACCCACUGGGAUUGUGAUGAAAGAUAUAUAAAAGCUGAAAUAAAUCAUUCUCUCCUAUUAUUCUGACAUUUCACAUUCUUGUGAAGUGGUUAUCCUAACUGGCCUAAGACGGAAGUUUUACUAGGAUUUAAAUGUCAGGAAUUGUGAAACUAAGUUUAAAUGUAUUUGGCUAAGGUGUAUGUAAACUUCCGACUUCAACUGUAGCUUUGCUAAGUGCCUGCGGGUUUCAGCUAUUGUUAGCUUACUUGUUAGUGGUUUAGAAGGUAAUGGUUGUAGCAUUGUUUAGCACAGGUGUCCAGUCAUUUGUAGCUUUUGAAAAUUGACACAGUAAGUUUUUAUUUAAUUUUUUUUAGAUAAUAUAAUUAACUGCAAUUUGGCAGUACGCCAAGACCUUGUUUUGAGAACAAAAUAUAUCUCACUUUUAAGGUCUCAUCUUAUAGAGAGGAAUCCUUGUGCGGUAUUGGUCUGUCACAUGUUGUGAACCAGUAUUGAUCGAUCACAUGAAUGAAACGCAAAACUGUAAAGUUUAAUUAAUUAUGCAAAUAUAACUUGUCUGUGUAUAGGCGUAUAUAAGACAACUGCUGGGAUUGCAUAAGUAGAGCUUCUGUUUGACAUGUGUACUAUGGUGCAUUAAGUGUGUUGGAACCUCUCCAGCGACAAUAAACAAUGAUUGAUUUAAGAUUGA